AUGCUCUACGCCGAAGACGACAAGCUUAUCUAUCGCUUCGACGACCACCUCCUUUGGAUCCAGCCAUGGGGGGACAAUGCCUUCAGAGUGAGAGCUACAAAGCUCUCCUCCAUGCCCACUGAAGACUGGGCCCUAUCCACCAAGCCCAGCACAAGUAAACCAAUCAUUGAAACCCCAGAGGGCAAAGAAGCAAGUAUCUCCAACGGCAAAAUCAAAGCCGUCGUUUCCCCACGCGGUAAGAUAAUUAUCUACGACUCGAGCGGCAAAAAGCUCCUAGAAGAAUACGCACGCAACCGUCGCGACCCCAAAGACCCAAAAUGCAGUGCCUUGGAGGUCGAAUCCCGGGAGCUGCGAGGUAUCCUAGGCGGUGAUUUCCACUUAACCAUGCGCUUCGAGUCCCUCGACCCUAAGGAGAAGAUCUUCGGAAUGGGUCAAUACCAGCAGCCCUCCCUAAACCUUAAGGGUGCCGAUAUCGAGUUAGCCCAUCGAAACUCCCAAGCCAGCAUACCCUUUGCGGUCUCCUCCCUCGGAUACGGUUUCUUGUGGAAUAACCCAGGUAUUGGACGGGCGGUUUUCGGGACAAAUACUAUGAGCUUCGAGGCGUACUCUACCAAAGCGCUGGAUUACUGGGUUGUUGCAGGCGGUACGCCAGCAGAGAUUGAGGAGGCGUAUGCGAAGAUAACUGGUUACGUCCCUAUGAUGCCCGAGUACGGCUUGGGGUUCUGGCAAUGCAAGCUCCGGUACUGGAACCAGGAGCAGCUGCUGGAUGUAGCCAGGGAAUACAAGAAACGGCAGGUCCCGUUGGAUUUGAUCGUCAUUGACUUCUUUCACUGGAAGCAUCAGGGCGACUGGAGCUUUGACCCCGAGUUCUGGCCCGAUCCUGAUGCCAUGAUCAAAGAACUCAAAGAGCUAAACGUGGAGCUAAUGGUCUCCAUCUGGCCGACCGUCGAGACCGCAUCAGUGAACUACCAAGAAAUGCUCGAGCGCGGGCUCCUAAUCCGCCACGAUCGCGGCCUGCGAAUCGCCAUGCAAUGCGACGGAGACAUCACGCAUUUCGACGCCACGAAUCCCGAAGCCCAGAAGUUCAUCUGGCAGGCCGCAAAGAAGAACUACUACGACAAGGGCAUCAAGGUCUUCUGGCUGGACGAAGCAGAGCCUGAAUACAACAUUUACGAUUUCGACAUCUAUCGCUACCACGCCGGUACCAACAUGCAGAUUGGAAACAACUACCCGAAAGAAUACGCCCGGGCUUUCUUCGAAGGCAUGCAGGCCGAAGGGCAAACUAACAUCGUGAACCUCCUCCGCUGUGCCUGGGCGGGCAGCCAGAAGUAUGGUGCCCUCGUGUGGAGCGGCGACAUCGCGUCCUCCUGGGGUUCGUUCCGCAAUCAGCUAGCGGCCGGACUGAAUAUGGGCUUGGCUGGGAUCCCUUGGUGGACGACGGAUAUUGGUGGUUUCCAUGGUGGCAACCCUGAUGAUCCUGCGUUCAGGGAGCUGUUCAUUCGGUGGUUCCAGUGGGGGACGUUCUGUCCGGUGAUGCGUUUGCACGGUGAUCGCGAGCCGAAGCCAGAAGGUCAGCCUACUGCGUCGGGAUCCAAUAAUGAGAUCUGGUCGUAUGGAGAGGAAGUCUAUGAAAUCUGCAAGAAGUAUAUUAGCAUUCGUGAGGAGCUCAGGGACUAUACCAGGAGCUUGAUGAAGGAGGCCCAUGAGAAGGGUACGCCGGUGAUCCGGACUUUGUUCUAUGAAUUCCCGGAGGAUAAGACAGCUUGGGAUGUUGAGACUGAGUAUCUAUAUGGCUCGGAGUAUCUUGUGGUUCCAGUGCUUGAAGCAGGACAGCGCAAAACAACUGCUUAUUUACCAGCAGGGGCUACGUGGAAACUAUGGGGCGAAGAUAAGGUCUACGAGGGAGGGAAGACGGUUGAGGUUGCUUGUCCAAUUGAAACAAUGCCUGUGUUUGUCAGGAUGUAG